UAUGGACCAACGCAUCACAUCGUUCCUCAUCCAUGGAUUGGCUCACGUGCUUUCUCCACCAAUCAUCUCCUUAUCCAAAAGCUUGAACUGAAAUAACUGUUUGUCCUCUCUCUCUCUCUCUCUCUCUCUCUCUCUCAAUCUCUCUGCAAUGGCUUCUCUCUCUUCAUCUCUCUCUAUUUUCUCCAACACCCCCUCUCACUCUCUCUCCUUCCACUCUUCUUCUCAGAAUCCAUUAAAGAGCUCAAUUCCAUCAACCAGAUCCCAUACUCCAUCUCUCAUUUGCUGCUCUUCCAAGAAGAAAACUAGCUUCACCGAUCAGAUUCUCGACUACAUCGAAGGCGGACCAAAAUUGAGGAAGUGGUAUGGAGCGCUGGAUAUACUCCCAAAAGAUGGAGGUCUUGUAGAUGAAGACGAUGAAUCGCCAGAAGCAGAGGAAAUUCAAGAUGCAGUGUUGGUGACGGACGGAGAUAGUGAAAUUGGUCAGAUGGUAAUACUAUCAUUGAUUUUAAAACGAUCUCGAGUGAAGGCGCUUGUCAAGGAUAAGCGGGCCAUGGUUGAAGCCUUUGGGACUUAUGUCGAGUCAAUGGCAGGAGAUGUGAGCGAUCGGUCCUUCCUUAAGAAGGCUCUGAAAGGCGUCCGUGCAGUGAUAUGCCCUCCAAAUGGAGGAUUCUUAUCAGAUGUCGGGAACAUGAAAGGCAUACAACAUAUCAUUCUUCUUUCUCAGUUGGCCGUUUAUAGAGGCAGCAGUGGCAUCCAAGCUCUCAUGAACAGAAACGCGAGGAAGCUCGCCGAGAGAGAUGAAGCAGCGGUGAUUGCAUCCGGCAUCCCCUACACCAUCAUCAGAGCUGGCUCAUUGCAAAAUAGCCCCGGUGGUGAGCAAGGUUUCAGCUUUAAAGAGGGAAGCGCAACACAAGGAAGACUCAGCAAAGAGGAUGCUGCUCUCAUCUGUGUAGAGGCACUUGAUGCAGUUCCACAGAAAGGACUGGUUUUUGAGGUGGUGAAUGGGGGAGAAAAGGUUUCAGAUUGGAAAGAAUGCUUUGCAUCUCUUAUAACAAUGGAGCAGCAGCUUCAAUAAUUUCAACGGCUGAACCAAUUUCUAGCUGCUUCUCUGCUGUCUAAAGGCGUGUUUGGAUUCGCUACCGAAUCAAAUUGCGAUAAUUUAGUUCAGCAAAGAAGAGCCAACCACUUCCAAGUUUGACGUGGAUGAACAUAAUUGCAAUUUGGAGAUCUACCCUCAUCAUAUACCAAGGGCAUGCAAUUCACUUCACUCGUGCAUCCAAACAGAACCUAAAUCUUAGAGUGCUCAGCUUGUGAGACCAUGUAUGAUUUGUUUCACAACGGGCGGGUAAUAAAAGAAACUGCUGGCUUUCUUGUCGGAAA